CAAGAAAACCAAAAUUUCCACAUGUAUUAAUUUUUGUAUUUACACUUAUAAUUAACCCUUUUAUGUCAAUUAAUAGUGACCAAAUUCCAACAUGGCCUAACUUUCUUCCUUAUGAUCAACUUCUUUCUCAAAAUAUUUCCUCUAAAAUCAUUAUAGAAAAAUCUUCCCUUGAAUUUGCAUCAUAUGAUUUCGGAAAUUUAAUCCAUAAAUCUCCGGUCGCGGUUUUCUUCCCUUCAUCCGUACAAGAUAUAGCUUCAUUGAUCCAUCUUUCAUACAACCAUUCUAUGCCGUCUUUUAACGUCGCGGCUCGAGGUAGAGGCCAUUCAUGUAGAGGACAAGCUAUGGUUGAAAAUGGUGUAGUCAUAAACAUGCCAUCUUUGGGUACUAAUACUAUGAGUAAAAAUAAUUAUGAUCAUUAUAAUAUUUAUAAUAAUAUUAAUAAUAAUAAAAAUAAUAAUAAUAAUAGGAUUAGGGUUUUUUACGAGGGUUCACUAGGGUUUUAUUAUGCUGAUGUUGGUGGAGAGCAAUUAUGGAUUGAUGUAUUGAAAGUAACACUAGAGUUUGGUGUUGUCCCGGAGUCAUGGACUGACUAUUUGUACCUUAGUGUGGGAGGUACCCUCUCUAAUGCUGGAAUUAGUGGCCAAGCUUUCCGUUAUGGUCCUCAAAUUAACAAUGUUCUUGAACUAGAUGUUGUUACCGGAAAAGGAGAACUAAUCACAUGCUCAAAGAAGAUAAAUUCUGAGCUUUUCUAUGCCGUUUUAGGUGGUUUUGGGCAAUUUGGAAUUAUUACUAGAGCACGAAUUAAACUUGAGGCAGCACCAAAAAGGGUAAAAUGGGUCCGGAUGCUUUAUGAUAAUUUCACUACAUUUACUCGAGAUCAAGAGCAUCUUAUCUCGCUUUAUGGUAAUUACCAAGAAUUGAUGACCCUUAAUAAUGGUUUAAACUACGUUGAAGGUUCUCUAAUUAUGCACCAUGUUGACCCUAACAAUUGGAGAUCUUCUUUUUUUACACCAAAUGAUCAAGCUAGAAUUGCUUCUUUAGAACCACCCAAUGGUAUUCUUUACUUCUUGGAGGUUGCUAAGUAUAAUUACUAUGAUCCAAGUGACGCCUACGAUGCCAAAUUCAAUGAGGAACUUGAAAAGGAGAUUGAAGGGCUAAACUUUAUAGAAGGUUGCAUUUUCACAAAAGAAGUAACAUUGCUAGAUUUUUUGAAUCGGGUUCGAAAAGGAGAGCUAGAGCUACAAUCAAAAGGGAUGUGGGAUGUACCUCAUCCAUGGCUUAAUAUCUUCAUACCAAGAUCUCAAAUUCAGGAUUUAUACCAUGCUCUUACCAACAUUAUUGCCAACGAUACCAAGGAUUUUGUUGGACCUGUACUAAUCUAUCCUUUAAAUCGUAACAAGUGGGAUGAUAAUAUGUCUGCAGUUAUACCAGAAGAAGAUGUGUUUUACACUCUAGGGUUGCUACAUUCUAGAGGUAAAAAUGAUUGGCAAGUUUUUGAGAGAAAAAAUGAGGAGUUAUUAAAAUAUUGUGAAGAAAAUGGUAUAAAUAUUAAGCAAUAUCUUCCUUACUACACAACCAAAGAAGAUUGGAAAAAUCAUUUUGGGAAAAAAUGGAGAAUAUUUGAGCAAAGAAAAAGAUUAUUUGAUCCUAAGAUGAUAUUAUCACCUGGACAAAACAUAUUCCAAGGCCAAAGCCAAGGGCUGAUUGUCGAGGAGGAUAUAGCCAUAUAAUUUAGACACUACGUAGGAUUACUAGCCUUGCUUUUGUCUAAUAAAAAAUAUGCUAAUUUUAUGUUAUAGAAUGUCAUUUUAUAUAUAUAUUUUUUUCUUGUUUUAUUAAAUUAAUAAUAAUAAUUUUAG